GGAGAUAAUAAAAAGCAUGAAAUUCUAAUGAAAAGAAAAAAAGUAAUUGGGGCAAUCACCAGCAAAGAGUAUCAAAAAUCGAGCGAUAAUUUUAAGUUAAAAGUAAUUACUUCUGACAAACAAAAAUUUUUCUUUUAUUCACAGCAAAAGCACCAAGGACAAAGCCAAGAAAUAGCAGUAGCAGAAUUAUCAGAGUUCAACUUAAAGAAAUUACAAGAACAAGCCGGAAAGAAAUCUGAAAGUUUGGAAAAGCGAAUAAUUUGUCUUAAAGAACAGAUGAUUAAGACCAGCAAUGAAGAGGAGGUUUUUUUAGAGUAUUUGGAGCAAUUUGUCAAUCUACUUUUAAUCAAACAUUUAAGCAUUAAAAAUAGGCGAGAAAGCCAGUUAACAGAGAAAGAAAAAAAGGAGCAAGCAAUUUUAAAUAAAAUCGUCGCUAAUUGGUUUUACAAGACUUAA